CUCUCCAAUUCUCUUCCCCUCUUCUGUUCUUUGCUUUUCACCGUAGGGGGGCUUGUGGGCGCCUUGAACCAUAGAUUUAAUUUAGACUGGUGAUGAUCUCGUCUGGAUCGUUCUCAGAAAUUGAAAGCUGUCGCUCCAUUGGUUUCUAGUUUCAAAAUUAUCGGUAGUCAGUUUGAUACCUGACUCUUUGUUCUCCCCGACAGGGCUGUGCUAGGAGGACCAUAUGCAAACUUCCGUGUCGCGCCCAGUUCCAGAGGCAGGAUGUUGGAACUGUCAGAACAUGCUGUUGGGAGGCCAGGCAGACAGAAGAAUAUCCCGGUGUUUAAGAGGUUCCGUUUCACAAAGUAACGUUGCACACAUGUUACUUUGUCCUAAGGGAGACGAGAGUUAGGGCCAUCAUUCCCUAAGAGGAAACCGCGAUCUCAGUAAGUCAAUCCGGCCAAUCGCCAUGGACGAUGAUAUUCCACGGUUUCUCUCCCUCUAUUUGGGAGUUCUUUCUCUCCUCUUGUUAAACGAGAUACAUCUCGUUGGCUGCGAUAGUACCAACAGCCAGCUUGUUCGUCCUGGAUCAAAGAUCGGACACCUGCCGACUACGUUUGCAUGUAUUCAUCUGAGGAGCCUACUGGGCCGGUCCAUGGUGCCCUCAUCAAACAAAUUCUGGAUGGAGCAGUCAAAGCAUUAUCAGUACUUUUGCGACUGUCAUCCAGGAUCCACCAGUCCAUCCAGUCCAGGAACUCAGGGUCAAGAAGAAGCCCUGGCAAACGAAGCAACCCAUGAGGAUUACACUAAUGUCUCGGAACCCUGGGGCUUCCGCGCCUUAGUUUAUGAGAUAAGAAUGGACAUCCGCGCAGACAUAAUGAGCCGCUCGACCAAUGCCCCUAUACGAAUUUGCGUCAAACUGUGCGUGGCCCUUGAGUCGAAUAGUUCUCUUAUCGCCCCAACAAGCCGAAAUAAGGGAAACGAUAAACCACCGAGAAGCCAAGAGAAACAAGGGUAG